GGAAACAUUUUUAAAAAAAUGGGGGGAGGGGGUGAUCUGAACCAAACUGUUACCAAAUUUUGUUAUCAAAUAAAUAAGGGGUUUAAAAGAAUAAAAAAUAAUAAAUAUAUUUCUACAGACUAUCAUGAUUAUUUUUUUGAUAUUGCCUUGCAACUCGUAAAUCAAAUCUUAACAAAAACAUUUCCUGAAGGGAAAAUUGAUAUGGCCUACGAGAAAUUUGAUACAAUUGGGUAUUAUCUAGGGAUAAUUUUUACGAAGAAUGAUGAAAGUGCUGAUAUUACCGGUGAUUAUGUAGACAAGGAUGUGGAAGACUACGAAUACCAUGUGCCUCAGUAUUAUACCGAUGAUGAAGAUGUUUGA